AACCGACAGAAAACAGACGCAUGUUAACUUUUAUUACAACUUUAUCAUUAGUUUGCGUUCUGUUAGGACAGUACUUUACUGCUUUGCUUAUUUGAUUAUAUAUUCAAAGAUUUUCAAGAUCUAUUGGUUUGUUUUCUUCGUGUUUCGAGGAAGUUCGGUCAAAAAUUUUAAGCUUUUAUUCUCUAUGAAAAAACAAAAAUGGAACUAGUCAAUUCAACUUUUGUGCCAUUAACUGAAGAGGAACACAGAAGUGCGUUCAAAAUUGUCCAGCCAAGAAAAUCAGUUGAGGACCAUCGAUCCUCACCCGUGGAGGAUGAAUCUUCGCUGUCACCCACACAUUGUAGUCUUACUCUCCGGCGAUCACGAAGUAAAGAAUCCGAAGAGUUAGCAGGGAAGGAGACAGCUUCGCGGUUCAGUGCUUUUCGUCCAUGGCUUUGCGAACCAAUCAACCAGGCUACAGAUCUCUCAGUAAAGAACAAAAUGACGUCAUCAUUACAAGAGAGUUCCAGAAAAACAUCAAUCAUUCCCACCAUUUCGUUUGGUGCUAUGAAGGCACCCAAUAUCAACGAUAUCUACCGAUAUCAAAUGGCUCAAGCGAUGUACAGAACACCGUAUAACAUAUUCCCUUACGGGCAAUCAACAAUAUGGGCGGAUCCAAGAUUCUACCGAUUUCUAGGCCAGGGGAAAGAUUUCCAGGCAUCUCUCUUCAAGAACUUUAUGAAUGUGGCGGAAGAAGGCGAAGUUUCCGGAUUCGAUAAAGGUUCUUUUGAGUGCGUGAAGUGUAUGAAACAAUUCAGUACGCCACACGGUCUAGAAGUUCACGUGCGGCGGUCUCACAUUGGCAGAAGACCAUACGCUUGUGACGUUUGUAGUAAGACAUUCGGACAUUCAGUCAGUUUGACGCAACACAGAGCGGUACAUACUCAAGAAAGAAGUUUUGUUUGUCAGCAGUGUGGAAAGAGCUUCAAACGUUCCUCAACCUUGUCCACGCACCUUCUGAUUCACAGUGACACACGGCCGUAUCCCUGCCCCUACUGCGGCAAAAGAUUCCACCAGAAAUCUGAUAUGAAAAAGCACACAUACAUUCACACAGGAGAGAAACCUUACAAAUGCAACCAUUGCGGCAAGGCCUUCAGUCAAUCUUCGAAUCUUAUAACCCAUUGUCGCAAACACACGGGCUUCAAACCCUUUUCCUGUGCAUCGUGUGGAAGAAGUUUUCAAAGAAAAGUCGACCUGAGAAGGCACCAUGAAACUCAGCACGUAGAAGAAAUGACUAAUUCAUCUAGCGACAUCGUGACGUCAUCAACUGUUGAGGUUUCCAAUAACAGACAGGAAGAGAGCAUAAUUUAGUAUUCAUUGUGUUUUAUCUUUCUGUUUUGCUCAAAUUUAUUAUUUUUUAUUUAUUUCUAUUUGUUGUGUAAUUUCAUGUACAAACUCUUCGCUUUAUACGUUGGUGUUAGGUGUUAUUGAAAUUACAAAUUCGAAUAUGUCAGUUUAGUCCUCCAUACAAACUCACGUUUGAUUAUUGGCUGCAUGCGUUAUGGCAUUGAUAUGAUUGCAUAAUGUAACAUAUCAUAUGUUUGGAGGAUUCUUCACUAUCAUUACACUUAGUCUUUCAGUGCUGAGAUACACAUGUCUGUUGCAUUACACCAAUUAAGAUGUAUUUAUUUAGAUUUUUAAUAAAGUUGGACAGUGCUACAAAA